AAUUCUUACACUAAUCAAAGGUACGUUUACGUUUUUAAAACCUUUAAUAUCAUUACUGCACGUUCCGUCUCUGAGCUCAAAAGUUGGGGUAGUAAAGUUGUAGAAAAUCAACGCUCUUCUUUAAUAGCAACAAAGUUGGGGAUGAUGCAAGAAUGGGACAAUAACGGUUUUCGUCUUCCUUUAACUGUACUGCAGGUAGAUAAUUGUCAAGUUUUACAACAUUUAACAGAAGAAAAAAAUGGUAUUAAUGGUUUACUUGUUGGAGCAAAGAAUCGUUCUUGGUCAAGAUUGUAUAGAUUACCUCGCUCUGAACUUGCCAAGUUUUCAAAGAUUGGCAUCCAACCAAAGUAUCAUAUCGCACAAUUCAAGAUCAGUCCUUAUAAUUACAUUCCAAUUGGAACGACAUUACAUGCUUUGCACUUUGUGCCUGGCCAAUACGUCGAUUGUCGCGCAAUAACCAUCGGAAAGGGCUUCUGUGGGGUAAUGAAACGUUGGGGUUUUAAAGGCCAUCCAGCAUCACACGGUUGGUCUCUUUCCCACCGCACGCCUGGCUCCAGCGGCCCAAGCGGGCUUGGAAAAGUUGUUAAAGGAAAGAAAAUGCCAGGGCGCAUGGGAGGUGAAAAUGCUACAACGCUUUCUUUGAGAAUUUUUAAAAUUGACUCUGUUCUUAAUUUAAUAUACGUUGUUGGCUCUGUCCCUGGAUGUAAAAACGCCACUGUUUAUUUGAGAGAUGCUCUGCGGAAACCAAUCCCCGCGAAUGCGCCCUUCCCAACAUAUUACGAGGGAAUGCCUUUUCCCUACGAAAAGAAUGAAUUUGGAGAAAUAUACCAGCCUGAUGACCCCCCAUAUGUUCUAACUUAA